UGCCACUUUCAGUAACUUCUCUUUUCUGUUGGUCCUUUCACUUUUUGAAAAUUUGCAUUUCACAAUGCAGAAUUCAUUGUAAUCGCUUUGUGUUCUGCCCUUGGGCACAAUAGCUAGUUUAUGCCAUUUAAAAAUUGAUUUUAAAUAAUUCCAGGGAGUCUUAAUCUGUGCCAAAUAAGCUAAUAUUUUCAUGACAAUUCCUUAGUGUAGACUUUUUUUUGUCCACUGCUCUAGUAUUGUGUGCUGUGUUUAUAAACUUAUUACUAGAAUGAAGUAUACACAUUAUACAGUGGAAAAAAAAAAAUAGAAACAAGCAUUGUGUAGUGUAAAGGGAGAACGAAGUCCCAACCACAGAAAUGCUCUUAUUUGUCCUUUAACCUUGAUAGUGCUUUAUUUUCAAAGAGCAAAGAGUUUGUAGUGACAAAACUUCCAUAGCAGCUGGGGCAUUAGACAAAACAAUUUAUGGUCGUCCCUCCUCCUCUUCCUCCUCCCUUCUCCAGCACUGUGUGGUUACAUAAGCUGAUUUCUUUGUUUUUCCUCUUUAAUAGUGAGCAGGCUUCACUUCUUUCUCUAAGCUGAGUGGCUUGCAUGCUUACGUUUUUCCUCUUGAAACCGGCUGGCCAGAGGAGGAGCACAGUGUAAUUGAAAGACCCAGCAUGUAAACUGUCGGCAUAUACUGCACAUCUGGCAAGAAGUCCUUUCUGGCAGCUUAUAGGUCAUGUAAAUUGGAUAUAUGUGAGCCUGCCACAGUGUUAUUACCAUUGUGAAGGCAAUUCCUCGUGCAGUGGUACUGGAAUAUAUUAAAAAAAAAAAAAAAAAAAUGUCUUCUGAACCAGGCAGCAGCAUCUGUCCAAAGUCUUUAAUAUCGUCUAGAUCUUGUCCAGUGAGUGCCACAACCAGGCUAGUUGAGCAGAAUGCACGCAAUGAAGCGGCUCAGGGAUUAAAUGGAAGUGUGCCAGUCAAACAGUCCCCACGUUCAGCUUCAAAUCCAAAGCCACAAGUGCCUCCAAAGCCAAUUCAUCUGCAGAAGGUAUCACCUGUUACAUACCAAACCCCUAGGCAUAAAGCUUUAUCAAGUCAGAAGCCAAGAAUGGAGGAAGAUACAACUACCCCUGUUCCUAGCGUCACAAAAGAAAAGUCCAGUAAAGUGUCAGAUCUCAUCCAUCGUUUUGAAGGAGGCAGCCCAUUCAGUCCUAGUGAUUUGAAGAAAGAUUCCUCUGUUCUCAACAUCUCUAAAUCUCAAGGAAGAUAUGGAUCAACACCAUCACCUCAGCCAAAAUUCCCCUCCCAACAACUGCUACAAAAACAGGGAAACAGUAAUACCAACAAAACUCAGGUUGCACAGACACACACAGCCAAUGGAGUACUAGCACAAGACCAGAUGGAACAUGAGGACAGGAGGAUACCUGACUAUGUCUCUGCUGUGUCCACCCCAGUUCCAGAUAAUUCAAUCAACAGCAGCUUAAUAAAUGGCGAAAGAGUAAGUACGUCCAGAGAGUCAUUAGAAACUACAACUGCCUGUGAAGGACAGAUACUUAACAGCUGCUACAGGACUCCAAGCAGUGAUACACUGCUCCCGUCUGACAAUGAAACUCUAGAAGUUAAUACUAACAUGGAGGAAGAACCAAAUGAGGAAAUAAGCAAACAAGAUCAACCUAUAGAAACAAAGGAGACAGAUGAACAGAAACGUCACAAAAUUGCGAGUGAACUUCUGCAAACAGAAAAAGCCUAUGUUAGCCGACUUGACCUCCUAGAUCGGGUAUUUUACUCCAGACUCCUUGAAGAAGCCAACAGAGGUUCCUUUCCAGCUGAAGUGAUUAACAAAAUCUUUUCUAAUAUAUCAUCAAUAAAUGCAUUCCACAGUAAAUUCCUACUUCCAGAACUUGAGAAAAGAAUGCAAGAAUGGACUGAUACCCCCAGAAUUGGGGACAUUCUGCAGAAGUUAGCUCCUUUCCUCAAGAUGUAUGGGGAGUAUGUGAAGAAUUUCGAUAAUGCAAUGGAAUUGGUAAAAACAUGGACUGAACGGUCCCCUCAAUUCAAAUUAAUUAUUCAAGAUAUUCAGAAAGAAAAAGUGUGUGGAAAUUUGACAUUGCAACAUCACAUGCUAGAACCAGUGCAACGCAUUCCACGCUAUGAGAUGCUUCUAAAGGACUACCUAAGGAAAUUGCCUCAGGACUCCCUAGACUGGAAAGAUGCUGAAAAAUCUCUGGAAAUUAUAUCCACUGCAGCAAGUCACUCAAACAGCGCAAUAAGGAAAAUGGAAAAUCUAAAGAAAUUGUUAGAGAUAUAUGAGAUGCUGGGAGAAGAGGAAGACAUUGUGAACCCUUCCAAUGAACUGAUAAAAGAAGGACAGAUCCUUAAACUUGCUGCUCGCAAUACAUCUGCUCAAGAACGGCACCUUUUCCUAUUUAACAAUAUGUUGCUCUACUGCGUCCCCAAAUUCAGCUUGGUAGGAUCAAAGUUCUCAGUUCGAAACAGAGUUGGCAUAGAUGGUAUGAAGAUUAUAGAAACUCAUAACGAAGAAUACCCACAUACUUUUCAAGUGUCUGGAAAAGAGCGAACACUGGAGUUGCAGGCCAGUUCUGAACAAGAUAAGGAAGAAUGGAUAAAGGCGCUUCAGAAUACUAUAGAAGCUUUUCAGCAGCGGAAUGAAACUUUCAGAAGUGCUAUUGCUAAGGAAUAUGAAGACACGCCUGUAGAGGUUUCUAAUGCUGAGCUUGGGAAGAGAGCACCAAGGUGGAUCCGAGACAACGAAGUCACCAUGUGCAUGAAAUGCAAGGAACCCUUCAAUGCACUGACAAGAAGGCGGCACCACUGUCGAGCAUGUGGACAUGUGGUUUGCUGGAAAUGUUCUGAUUAUAAAGCACAUCUUGAGUAUGAUGGCAAUAAAUUGAACAAAGUUUGUAAGGACUGCUAUCAUGUUAUAAUUGGUUGUACAGAUAGUGAAGAAAAGAAGAAGAAAGGUAUCUUGGAGAUUGAAUCUGCUGAAGUCUCUGGAAAUAGUGUCAUAUGUAGCUUUCUUCAGUACAUGGAAAAAUCAAAGCCCUGGCAGAAAGCAUGGUGUGUUAUACCUAAACAGGAAGCUGUUGUGCUGUACAUGUAUGGUGCUCCACAGGAUGUUAAAGCUCUGGCUACAAUUCCACUUUUGGGCUAUGCAGUAGACGACACUCCAAGAAGUGCUGACCUCCCACACAGCUUCAAACUGACCCAGUCGAAGUCUGUGCACAGUUUUGCUGCAGACAAUGAGGAACUAAAACAGAAAUGGUUGAAAGUUAUCCACUUAGCUGUCAAAGGUGAGACAUUAGAAUGUCAAAAUGAACUGCAAGUAAGUUUAGAAGAACAACCUGAAUCUUCUAAAGUGUCGGAAUGCUGAAGCUCAAGAACAAGUGGUAUUUUUAAAAGAUUUCAAUUGAAUUUCUGGUUAACCUUUUGGCUAACCUUCCUUCGCUCAAUCAAAAAAAAAAAAAAUCUUACUACCGUACACAUCUUAGCACUUUAUGUUUGGGAAAAAAUCUGGUCUUUCUAGGGAUCUUUUUCUUAUAUUUAUGUUUUGUCAAUGAAAGUGAUGUACAGGUCCAUUUCAGAGACUUUUUAAAAAUGUGAAUGCUAUUAAAAAUACCUACUAACUCUACUGUACUACUUGUUCAUUGUUAUGCUUUUUUUUUUUUUUUUUUUUGAAAAUUGCUAUUUGGUUCAUGUUUGCUACUUUCUUUAAGAAUACAAAUAUUGAAGUUUCCUACUUACAUAUUAGGACUCGCAACAGGAUAAAAGAUAUACCUCCACGUUUCCCAAAUAGAUCUGUAGUUAAAUAUACAGGGAUAGUUUGGUUUAAUGUAUGUAGUUAAUAGAUCGAAUUCCACAGAUCUGUACAUAUGUUGUAUUCAUUUGUUUCUUUUUAAUUAAAGUAAUGCAAAUUGCUUUUACAGGUAUAUUGGCUUUUAAAGUUUCAAUUUAUCAAGGAAACAACCUAAUGAUUUUCAAUCUAGAAAUGAAUACCUAAAAUAUGAUAAAACAUAUAAUAUAUGUGCAGUAUUAAGAAUGUACAAUACUUGAUUUUUGCUUUGAUUUCAUGAGACUGGGUUCAUGUUAGUGAAUAAUUUAUUUAAAAAGCAUGUUUUCUAUUUGAAAUUAAACACAGUCCUAAAUUAACAAAUACUGUUCAGUGAUUUGUUUUAAUAGCUGACACUUAAUGAUCUUGAUAUUUUUAUGCAUUAAAAAAAUAGCAGUAACAUAAGUGGCAUGCAGUGGACAAAUAAGUUCCAGUUGUGUUUAAAGGAGUAGUAGCUUUUCUUCAGUGUCCUACCAUUGUAACCUUUCAAGACUGCAGUAGUUCAUUACUAAAAUGCAGUGUGUGGUUUGAGAUAAGUAACAGAUUCUGUUAAUCUUCUGGGAGUUUGUAUUUUCACUAUUAUGGUUAUUGGAACAAAUGAACAUUUUGAAUCUAAAUAUCCUAAUUGUUGCAGAAGGUUAGAUACUGUAAUACUUAUUUAAGACAACAAUCUUUAAGGAUUGCUAUUGUAAUGUGGAGCCUGCUUUAUAUGCAUUUAGUAUGAAGUCUGAACCUGCAAAUCUCAAGUUGCAUUAAUUGAAAUUAUUUGCAUUCCACUUAAAGGAAUUAGGACUUGUGGGCUUUACAGUGCUAAGUCUAUUAUGAACUUCCAUUCUUAUGAGGGUUUUUUAAUCCAUAGAGGCAAAUGACCUCCUUAAAUUUUUUACUGUAACAACCUUGGAUGAAAUAUGGUAAAUAACGAGGUAUAGUGAUUGACUAUCAGGUAGAUAAAAUCAUUGCCAUCUUUCCCUUUCUGACUCCUCAAAGGAAGGGAAAUAAGAAACUUCUGCAAUCAACGUCUGAUGGGAACGUUCAGGAGUCUUACUUCUCAAUAUAACUGCUAUCUGUGUUUUCAAUCAUGUCAGCUCAGGCUCAAGUCCAGUUUUGUUAGUAACAUGCGAACAGAUUUUUGGUAAUGAGAUUUCCAAACAAAAUACUCACUCGAGUCCCACUUCACUCUUUUUUGCAACACUAGGAAUAAAUGUUCAUUUUAGUUAGCAUUUAACAAAUAAAGGUUUGUUGAAGUAAGCUUUGUUUUUUAGCAUUAUGCAUGCGUGAGUACACAAUGUCUGCCACUUUUCAUGAGAAGAAUGUCACAACUUCAUUUGAGUGGCCUGUAUUUUGCUCUCACCUGCACAAAUCCAAAAUUUAUGAUGGCCUUUAGACUUCAAAGGUUUACACUAGUGUUAGUGAUAAUCAGGACAUGGCAUUGCAGAGUACUAACUCUACAGCUGAUUUUGUACAUGUCAGUUCUGAAUUUUUCUUUGGGUGCUCUUUGUGUCCAGAUUACUUUGUGUAUAACCCUAGUAUCACUUUUAUCUAAUGUGCAGGCUCUUCUAUAGUUCUUUAAGAGAUCUGAAGUUACUUCCACUGCCUACCUUUAGUUAUGGGCAGCAUAAGGUGUUUAUGAUUCAUGUUGGCAAGUUCCAUCAAAUCUUCACCUAGGUGUCCUUAGCUAGUACUAUGUGUCUUGGCAAGGGAUAGAGUAACAUUCAGAUAGGCAGGAAGAACCCUCCCUGGCUAAUUUUCUUUCCAUGGUCUGCAAAAGCGGUUAUCCUCUAAAAGAGUCUGCAGUGCACUUGUGGGAUCUAGAAGGUAGUCUCAUUACAACCUAACAUAUUAAAAACGUUACUUCCUAUGUUCAAGUUGUUGACUGUGAGGGGAGAAGUUGCAUUAGAGGAGACCCUAGGUAAGAUGGACUGAGUUGUACUCAAAAUAAUAUGAUGGUAUGAUUGCUGUCAUUUAGUACAUUCUGUUUUCUAAGCUCUUAAUUCUGAACUAAGUAGGAAAACCUUUUUCAGGCUAAAUGAUUAUGAAAAUGAUUACUAAAUGAUUAGAAGCAGCAAUUUCUGGGCUGCUUUAUUGUUAUAGUGGUAUUGACUAUCUGAAGCUGCUUGAAUGGUUUCAGCAUGUCUCAGAAGAAGCUCUCCAUGUGGGUGUAAACAAUGUGGAAUUAAAUUAUUGUUAGGAGUUAUUUAUUUGAAUGUUGGCCUCAUGCUUGCUUUCAGCAAUUAAAGUUUAUGUAUAGUGGGAUAUUUUAUUUACUUCAGAAAAAAAAAUCACUCAUGCUCUCUUAAUUGGUUGGUCAGAAUUGAUCUCUUCUGAGUCAGGAUGUAAUGGCACUCAAACGUGUGGUUCUGUGUGUAUCUUGUAGGAACAAUAUGUACCAAUACUAAAGAUAAGAAGAUGGAGAAGUUGCUUCUAGAUUUAACCACCCUGACAGUUAGUCCCAGUUAGUCCCUUCUUCACAGAUGGCCCCCCUGACCCCCC